UCAACAUGGGACUGGAGGCCCAGAGGCUGCCAGGGGCCGAGGAGGCCCCUGUGAGGGUGGCCCUGCGAGUCCGCCCCCUCCUUCCCAAGGAGCUGCUGCACGGGCACCAGGGCUGCCUGAGGGUGGAGCCGGGGCACGGCCGGGUCACCUUGGGCCGAGACCGCCACUUCAGCUUCCACGUGGUGCUGGAUGAGGACGCCGGGCAGGAGGCAGUGUACCAGGCCUGUGUGCAGCCCCUCCUCGAGGCUUUCUUUGAAGGCUUCAAUGUCACCGUCUUUGCCUACGGUCAGACGGGCUCCGGGAAGACGUACACCAUGGGAGAGGCCAGUGUGGCCUCCCUUCACGAGGACGAGCAGGGCAUCAUCCCACGGGCCAUGGCCGAAGCCUUCAAGCUGAUUGAUGAAAAUGACCUGUUGGACUGUCUGGUACAUGUGUCCUACCUGGAAGUGUACAAGGAGGAGUUCCGAGACCUGCUGGAGGUGGGCACCGCCAGCCGGGACAUCCAGCUCCGGGAGGACGAUCGUGGGAAUGUUGUGCUGUGUGGGGUGAAGGAGGUGGACGUGGAGGGCCUGGACGAGGUGCUGAGCCUCCUGGAGAUGGGCAACGCAGCGCGGCACACGGGAGCCACACACCUCAACCGCCUCUCCAGCCGCUCCCACACCAUCUUCACUGUGACCCUGGAGCAGCGGGGUCGCGCCCCCAGCCGCCUGCCCCGACCUGCCGCCGGCCAGCUGCUUGUCUCCAAGUUCCACUUUGUGGACCUGGCGGGCUCAGAGAGGGUGCUCAAGACAGGCAGCACAGGCGAGCGACUCAAGGAGAGCAUCCAGAUCAACAGCAGCCUCUUGGCGCUCGGCAACGUCAUCAGUGCCCUGGGUGAUCCCCAGCGCCGGGGCAGUCACAUCCCUUACCGGGACUCCAAGAUCACCCGGAUCCUCAAAGACUCCCUGGGCGGGAAUGCCAAGACGAUGAUGAUAGCCUGCGUCAGCCCUUCCUCCUCCGACUUUGACGAGACCCUCAACACCCUCAACUACGCCAGCCGCGCCCAGAACAUUCGCAACCGCGCCACUGUCAACUGGCGGCCCGAGGCUGAGCGGGGGCCGGAGGAGGCAGUGGCUAGCGCCCGGGGGCCACCUAGGCAUCGGUCGGAGACGCGCAUCAUCCACCGGGGCCGGCGCGCCCCGGGUCCUGCCGCCGCCUCCGGAGCCUCCGGGCCCGACAGCGGCAUCGAGAGUGCCUCUGCUGAGGAGCAGGCCACCCAGGGACCCGGCGGGCGAAAGGAAGAUGAGGGGCCGCUGCAACUGCUGGCCCUGCAGAGCCAGGUGGCCCGGCUGGAAGAGGAGAACCGAGACUUUCUAGCUGCGUUGGAGGACGCCAUGGAGCAGUACAAACUUCAGAGCGACCGUCUUCGUGAGCAGCAGGAGGAGAUGGCAGAGUUGCGACUGCGGCUGGAGCUGGUGCGGCCAGGCUGGGGGGCCCCAGGGAUCUUGCAGGGCUUGCCUCCUGGGUCUUUUGUGCCCCGGCCUCACACAGCCCCCCUGGGAGGUGCCAACACCCACGUGCUGGGCAUUAUGCCCCCCACCUGCAUUCCUGGAGAUGAAGUUGGCCCUGAAAACAGGGGAGAGCAGAUGAAAAAUGGCAGGGAGGCUGGAGCCAAGUUUCUGACAGAGGGAGAAAUGCUGGGAAGUGGCUCUUCAGAUGCAUCAGAGGAAGAAGAGGAGGGGGAGAAGGAGGGGCCGCCCCGACAGAGCCUGCGCCCACGAAGGAAUGGGAUCAGCAAGUGGAACCAGAGGACGGGGGCCUGCCCAGGGAGUCCACUCAACAGGAAGGGCCCAGAGCUUCGCCUGGAGGAGCUGGGUGCAGCUAUCCCAGGACCCAGAGUGGUCGGUGGGAGCAAGGCCCUGGCUCAGCCCCGCCAGGUCUCCGCAGCCAUGGCCUCUGAGUGGCGACUGGCCCAAGCCCAACAGAAGAUCCGUGAGCUGGCCAUCAACAUCCGCAUGAAGGAGGAGCUCAUUGGCGAGCUGGUGCGCACAGGGAAGGCUGCCCAGGCCCUGAACCGUCAGCACAGUCAGCGCAUCCAGGAGCUGGAGCGGGAGGCGGAGCGGGUGCGGGCUGAGCUGAGCGAGGGCCAGAGGCAGCUGCGGGAGCUCGAGGGCAGGGAGCCCCAGGACGCCGGUGAGCGCUCGCAGCUCCAGGAGUUCCGCAAGAGGGUUGCCGCCGCUCAGAACCAAGUGCAGGUACUGAAGGAGAAGAAGCAGGCGACGGAGCGGCUGGCAUCACUGUCGGCCCAGAGCGAGAAGCGGCUGCAGGAGCUGGAGAGGAACGUGCAGCUCAUGCGGCAGCAGCAGGGGCAGCUGCAGAGGCGGCUUCGAGAGGAGACAGAGCAGAAGCGACGCCUGGAGACGGAGAUGAACAAGCGGCAGCACCGUGUCAAGGAGCUGGAGCUGAAGCAUGAGCAACAGCAGAAGAUUCUGAAGAUCAAGACAGAAGAGAUCGCGGCAUUUCAGAGGAAGCGGCGCAGCGGCAGCAAUGGCUCCGUGGUCAGCCUGGAGCAGCAGCAGAAGAUUGAGGAGCAGAAAAAGUGGCUGGACCAGGAAAUGGAGAAAGUCCUGCAGCAGCGGCGGGCGCUGGAGGAGCUGGGGGAGGAGCUCCACAAGCGGGAGGCCAUCCUGGCCAAGAAGGAGGCCCUGAUGCAGGAGAAGACGGGGCUGGAGAGCAAGCGCCUGCGGUCCAGCCAGGCCCUCAACGAGGACAUUGUGCGAGUGUCCAGCCGGUUGGAGCACCUGGAGAAGGAGCUGUCCGAGAAGAGUGGGCAGCUGCGGCAGGGCAGCGCCCAGAGCCAGCAGCAGAUCCGUGGGGAGAUUGACGCGCUGCGCCAGGAGAAGGACUUGCUGCUGAAACAGCGGCUGGAGAUUGACGGCAAGCUGAGGCAGGGCAGCCUGCUGUCGCCUGAGGAGGAGCGGACACUGUUCCAGCUGGAUGAGGCCAUUGAGGCCCUGGACGCCGCCAUCGAGUACAAGAACGAGGCCAUCACAUGCCGCCAGCGGGUGCUGCGGGCCUCGGCCUCCUUGCUGUCCCAGUGCGAGAUGAACCUCAUGGCCAAGCUCAGCUACCUCUCGUCCUCAGAGACCCGAGCCCUGCUCUGCAAGUACUUCGACAAGGUGGUGACGCUCCGCGAGGAGCAGCACCAGCAGCAGGUGGCCUUCUCGGAGCUCGAGUUGCAGCUGGAGGAGCAGCAGAGGCUGGUGUACUGGCUGGAGGCGGCCCUGGAGCGGCAGCGCCUGGAGAUGGACCGCCAGCUGACCCUGCAGCAGAGGGGCCACGAGCAGCACGUGCAGCUGCUGCUGCAGCAGAGCCGAGACCAUCUUGGCGAAGGGCUGGCAGACAGCAGGAGGCAGUAUGAGACCAGAAUCCAAGCUCUGGAGAAGGAGCUGGGCCGCCAUGUGCGGCUGAACCAGGAGCUGAAGCAGAAGCUCGGUAGCCUGAGUGCCGCCGGCCAGAGCAGGGUGAUUGGCGGGGAGAAGAGGACCCCAUGUGUGGAGAACAGACAAGCCCUUGGAAGCGAGGAUGAGCUCUACCCAGCGCCUGAGCCUCUCUGGCAGCCCGCCGGCACGGAGGGUGCCCCCCGCCCACGGGAGGAGAUGCGGGACUUGGUCCACGCCCCGUUACCGUUGACGUGGAAACGCUCGAGCCUGUGCGGUGAAGAGCAGGGCUCUCCGGAGGAGCUGCGGCAGCGGGAGGCCGCUGAGCCCCCGGUGGGGCGGGUGCUGUCUAUGGGCGAGGCAGGUCUGCCCUGGAACCUCGGACCCUUGGCCAAGCCCCGGCGGGAACUGCGGAGGGUCAGCCCAGGGAUGAUCGACGUCAGGAAAAACCCCCUGUAGGCACACCCAGGAGAUUCGGGGCCUGCCUAAAGGUGUGGUGUUGACACUCCCUUCUGUGAAGGAGUCCUUACCUCAAGCUCUAAAUCAGGUCCUGAUCUUGUUAGAGUCAACACAUUCAGGCCACUGCCCAGAACUGAACUUGAAUCACUUGUUUAAAAAAGGUGCAGAUUUCUACCAGUCACUUCCUUUAAGAUGCGGUUCCCAGUUGCUAUGUUUUGGCUUUUUUUAAAAUAUAAUUUUUAAAAUUUUA